UUCGGGAAUCGCAGUCCGGGGCGCUCAGGCUGUCGGGAGCUGUAGUCCGUCCCGCCUGCCCAGUCAGCGUGGUACCACCCGGCCGCUGCCCAGGGAAUGAGAAAGCGGCCGGUCCCAGCGAGCAGAGAGGCCGACGGGGCGACCAGAAGAGACCCUGUUACCCGGAGACCGGGAAGGAGGAGUCCUCCAUUGCUAGCAGGAGCCGAGGAGGGCAUGUCUCAGGCCCCGGAAGCGCGGCCGAGCCCACCGUCAGUGUACCACGAGCGGCAGCGGCUAGAGCUGUGCGCCGUCCACGCUCUCAACAACGUCCUCCAACAGCAGCUCUUUAGCCAGGAGGCUGCAGACGAAAUUUGCAAGAGGCUAGCCCCCGACUCCCGGCUGAACCCCCAUCGCAGCCUCCUGGGCACCGGCAACUACGAUGUCAACGUGAUCAUGGCUGCCCUGCAGGGCCUGGGCCUGGCCGCUGUGUGGUGGGACAGGAGGAGACCGCUGUCCCAGCUGGCCCUGCCCCAGGUGCUAGGCCUGAUCCUGAACCUACCCUCUCCUGUGUCCCUGGGGCUGCUGUCCCUGCCACUGCGCCGCCGGCACUGGGUGGCCCUGCGCCAAGUGGAUGGCAUCUACUAUAACCUGGACUCAAAGCUUCGGGCACCUGAAGCCCUGGGGGAUGAGGAUGGUGUCAGAGCCUUCUUGGCAGCUGCCCUGGCCCAAGGCCUGUGCGAGGUGCUAUUGGUGGUGACCAAGGAGGUGGAGGAGGCCGGCUGCUGGCUGUACACAAGCUGACGCGCUGCCUGUGAACCCUUGCCGCCUCAGGCCCGAGCGCCUGGGAGGAGCCUGCAACUCCACGCCCCAGGAGCCUGCUCCUACCCUAGAGUCCCGCUCCCCACCAACCAUUGCUGCCUCAAUAAAUCUGCUCUUUUGCUA